CGCACCAGCCCCGACUGCAGCGCGCCCGAGCACAAGCGCGUGCGUCUCAGCCCGCCCAUACUGCCGCAGACGUCCAUGCCGACCUCGCUACCACUGCCGCCGCUUACGAACUCCACAGCUCGGAUACGUGCUGCCGCCGCCGCCUCUUUGCCUCCGCCCGCUGACAGCAACGCGCCCAAGCUGGCGGAGCUGCGGCGCAAGUACCUCGAGGUCAUCGACAUGGUCAUCCAGGGGCUGCAGACCGCGUUCUCCUUCUGCCCCGAGCCGCCCGCGGACCCGUCGAUCGAGCACAAGCUCGUGCGCACCGUGCGGACGCUGGAGAAGCUGCGCUCGCUGCUGCUCAUGAACACGGCGAGGCUGCAGCGGGUGUCGCUCGCCCAGCUGGACACGGUCGAGCAGCAGCUCCAAAUGAACCUGCUCCCACUCGCGACGCUGUUCCGCAGCUUUGAGAAGAUAGGUAGCAAAGGACAGCCGAUGAAGCCCCACGACUGGCGACUCCUGUCGCUCAGUCUCAGUCUGUAG